AUGAGAAGAGACCUGGGUAAGAUCGCAGUUAUUAGCCAGACAUUGUGCUGAUACUGUCGACGUACGUACUCGUUGUCAGUAGGUUCCCGUUAGGGUCACUGUUAAUGUUAAGUUUAGGGCUAAGGUUAGGCUUAAGGUUGUGUUCAGGCUUAAAGUUAGGGCUAGGGAUAGGCUUAAGGUUGGUGUUAGGGUUAUUGCUAGGUUUUGGGUAAGCGUUGGGUCGUAGGAUUUUGGUUACGUGUCGGUUUUGAGGCUUAGGGUUAGGCCUUACGGUUGCCGUCAGGGGUUGGAUUUUAGGGAUAAGCGUGGGGUUUACAUUCCUGCCAUUAUUCUCCCUACUUAUAAAUUCACAGCACUUUCUCUGGUAAAUAUACUUUUACCCAGAAACAGCAGAAACAGCCCUUCCAUUUACCCCACCUAUAUAACCCUCUUUCCCACCAUUGCCGUACGACAGGGACCUGGCUGUCCGCCACCCCAUUUCUGGCUACCAACUGCGAUCUAACCGAGACCUGCAUUGGAGUUGGACAAAAUACGGAGCCCUCUUAAGAUUGGGCAUGGUUUCAUUGAUAUUGCAUCCACAGUUGAAUAGUGUUACAGGUCGAUGCGCCCUGUCCGUCAGGACUAAUUGCACAUGUAUCUGCAUUUAUGCUGUGCCAGAUAAUAUUGGGCAUUUUGCAAUUUUAAAAAUCCAACUGCAUCUUCUCCUAUCGGAAUCAUUGUAGAGCGUGCAUGUUCAAUCCCCAUGAACUUGGUGGACACUGAGGACUGCUCGUAUCCUUCCUCCUUCCGAAUUGGCCUCACCGAGGCUCGCCGCAAAAAUCAAUUGUUUGGUGCCUACGAGGAGGCCCUUUCCGUCAGCAUCCGCUAUCUGCGCCUACGAGUCAACAAUAUCCUGCUCAUUCCCUCCCUCCCAUCCUCGUCUCCGCCAUCACUGAUUGCGACGUCUUAA